AUGGUGACACGCAAGCUCCUGCAUGUUCUCCGACUCGGUGGAUUGAUUGGUGUGGUGGGUGCAACGGACUCGAGUUGCCCCCAAGCUCACGAUCCACACAGCCCAUUGGCGUCGUCGUUGUUGACCUACACUGGUCUGGCCACCCACGAAUUGCUGAACGGCGUUCCAUUGCCCAGUUCCUUCUCGACAUGCAUUGGAUCUUUCGACACAGCAACGCUCAUGCAAGCUGGAUCGGUCGUCUUGGAAACACCGACCUGUUUCCGGGCGCUCGACUGGCUUGUCACAGCAACGUCGUCAUAUCCAAGCAUCACUGCCGCGGAUCUAUUGACUUCGUCUGGCUUUGCCUCCCUGUCUGCUAAGGACGCAGCUUACUUCGACUCGUUGUGCUUACCCAUGACUGAUGUCUUGCCCUGCCUCCGUCGGGCUCUAUUGCCCGCCCUCAUGCCUCUCUUGUCAUCGCAGCCAUGCUGCGUCGCGCUUCUUGAGGACUCGAUUGCUCAGUUCGGUGUUCCUUUCGACUCGUUCGUGGUCGACGCUGUCAGCCGCGUCGUGGAUGUGGUUUGUUCCCGUCAGUACUCAGGAUUCCAGGACGAGUCGCAACUUUGUGGGUUCACUCUUUUGUCGUCCGUUCUGGCCAUGUCCUCGGGCAACUUGCAGCAGCUAGUGUGGACUGUGCUCAAUGCAGUGCAGGUGCCCAACGACCAAGGCCUCCAGGCCGCAAAGGGUGGUUCCAUCACUACGACGAGAAACGUGUCGACCACGCUCUUCGUUGCGCCGAAUUUGCCGGAUGCGUGUGUGACUCCCAUCAACGCCCUCUUGAAAUGGGCUAGCAAAAUGCCUGUAGUGACGUCCACCGUAAUUGACACGGACCUGACCCUGGCGGCGCUCUUUGAAGACGACCAGUGCCUUCCUGGACGCACCGCUCUCGACGCGUUCGUGCAAGCGUUUCCCCAAUCGUUGAGCAACGAUAUGUACUCCAUGGCAAGCGCACUUCUCACUAACGACAACGUGUGCUUCCAUCUAGCCAACAGCUACGCUACAGGGAGUGAUGCAUUCGAGACAACUGUGAGCUCUUUCACUCAAUCCCUUGACCUGGGCUCCUAG